AUGCAAGCAGCCGAGAAGAGUUCAUGGACAUUUGGCGAGGUGUACUGCACCAUGUUAGUGGCGUGCAUGAGUGGGACCUGGAUCGUGCUGAGCCGCAGAUGGCUGAAGGAUGUGGAGAAGUUCCUCACAUUUCGGACCACCUCACAGCUGGAAUCAUUCCAAAACCAUAUUCUGAUCCGUCCGGCACAUGUGAACAGCAAAGGCCAAGUGUCCCUAAAGAGACUAUUGUCCGGCACCUCGAUUCCUGUCAGAGGAGAUGGAGAAAGGAGAAAGGUACACAUCAAAAGAGAUGGUGGAACUGCAGGAAAACCCUGGUGA